GUGUCCCUCCCGAGGCUUUCGUCGCACCUGUUGUCCUGGAGGAAGCACCAGCGCAGUGCAUGUCUCCUCAUUGUCUACUUACCCCGGCCUCACGUCCCGAAAACCCAGCAGGUCUUGGUACAGAGGAAGUUUUCCGCAGUACUUAAUUAUUAGCAAGGAUGAAAUGGAAUUGAAUGAGGGCGGACACCGCUGAUUUUACGCGCAUUCGCCACAAGAUGGUGCUGUUCAGUUAGGGAAAAACCUUAAGAGACUCCAAGGCUGAAGGCUUCAAGCACUAGGUGCCUUAAUCGUCGAAGUGUUACAUUUCCGGGGCAGUAAUCUCAGUAAUAAGCUUUUUCGGGGGUAAAUACAUGGACACACCGAAAGGUGUAUAUGUUCUUGUAUUUUAUUAUAAAAUCGUUGCUGACCAUUAUUUCACUUACUGCUGUUUUGGGACCCUCUCUUCCCAGGUGGUCAAAAUGUUUUAAAAAUGCAAAUAUGAAUUCCCAACUCUAGGGCAGCACUCCUUUAAGGAAGGUUGUAGUAGGGUUCUCUAGAGAAGGGGGCCGGUGGGUUGGAUAGAGAGUGAGGGCAGGUGCAUUUAUUUUAGGGAGUUGGCUGGUGUGGUUGUGGGGCUCCAGGUCUGAAAUCUGCAGGGCUGGAAACUCAGGCAAGAGUUGGUGUUGCACCUUGAGUCCAAAGGCUGGAAACUGAGGCACCACUUAUGUGUCACCUCCUGGGAGACAGAACUCCUUCUCUGCAUAACCUGAGUCCAGGUCGCCCUGGAUUUAUGAUGGUGUUGCAUCCUGAUGAACCUGUCAUAAAUUGAACAUAUCAAUGAAAAAAGACGUUGGGGAAGAAGUGAAGCCCUCCUGUCCUGACUUGGAUACUGAUAAUGGGGGUCGGGAGGUCUAAAACAGACCCCUGCCCUCUCUCUCUGCCCUGGGGUAAAAGCCCGGGUGUGGACAUGAGUCAGAGACCUCACGAGGCAGAGUCCAAGAGGUCCGAGGACAUCUCCCUGCACGCUGUUGCCGAGCGGAGCCCUGGCGCCCCGCCGCCUGCUGGGGAGCGGGAGGGCCCUGGGGCCACAGAAGAGGCGGCGGAAGAGGAGGAAGAGGAGGUGUUCCUCAAGUUUGUCAUACUGCACGCGGAAGACGACACGGACGAAGCCCUCAGAGUCCAGAAUCUGCUGCAGAAUGACUUCGGCAUCAGACCCGGAAUAGUCUUCGCCGAGAUGCCGUGCGGCAGACAGCACCUGCAGAACCUGGAUGACGCCGUCAACGGGUCUGCCUGGACCAUCUUACUGUUGACCGAGAACUUUCUAAGAGACACCUGGUGUAAGUUCCAGUUCUACACGUCCCUGAUGAACUCCGUCAACAGGCAGCACAAGUACAACUCCGUCAUACCCCUGCGGCCCCUGAACAACCCCCUGCCCCGAGAAAGGACCCCCUUUGCUCUGCGAACCAUCAACGCCCUGGAAGAAGAGAGCCGUGGCUUUCCUACCCAGGUGGAGAGGAUCUUCCAGGAGUCUGUGUAUAAGGUCCAGCAGUCUAUAUGGAAAGAGACCAGAACCACCCCGCAAAGGCAGUCGAUUGCCUGAGAUGGAACCGCCCCCUUGCCCCCAUGGCUGCUCUUGUUCUCUGGAACAAAUGACUCUCCUUCCCUCGAGAAAACACAUUCCUGGCGAGGAGUUAAAUGAAAGCGAGCCUGGCUCUUCCAGAAACCUAAGAACACCAAGAAGGCCAGGCUUCUCUGGGACACUGUGCAGACCUGAGGUCUGUGGUGGCAUUGUUUCGGUAAGCCGGAGAUUGUCAGAGUUUCAAGGACGUUCCUGUCACGGUUCUCCUUAGUUCACGAAUAUCCCAGAGGAUUAGCUUUAACUCCUGUUCCUUGCGGCAGCCCUUGAACCCAAACUUACAGGGUGGGCAUUGUCAAAAUAACGGUAACGCUUGCAUUUUGUUCUCCAAGGACACGCGGAAGAAAACGUCCCCGGGAGAUCUGAGCUCCCUCACUCUUGAGGGUCCUCCCAGAAAUGUUGCAGCUGAGCGUGCCUGGCGUGGCCACCCAGAAGGAUGGAGAGCCCCGAGGGAACAUUUAGGAUGUUGAAUCAUGAUAAAUAGGAAAUUAAGAGCAGAUACAGCCGUGGUGGGGCUUUAUUAUUUUUUUUUAAAGAAUCCAAUCAGAUGAGUUUUUGCUUUGUGCUGGAAUUUGGUUAUUUGGAGUCGGACGCGCUACCAUUGCGCUACGAGGUCACAGGAAUUUGGUUAUUUGGAGACCGGGCCUACCACUGAGUAGUAACGACAUUUGAUGGCAUCCUGGUUAGGAACUCCAGGGAGCCAUGUCACCAUGUCCCCUGGAGUGUCCUUGGCCAGAUGUUCUCCUUAAUCUCUCUUACAGCAGUCUUUAAAAAUUCCUAUGGAGGGUGCGUCUAGGUGGCUCAGUUGGUUGAGCAUCCAACUUUGGCUCAGGUCACGAUCUCACCAUUUGUGGGUUUGAGCCCUGCAUUAGACUCUCCAUUGUCAGGACGGGGCCUACGUCGAAUCCUUUGUCUCUCCCCUGUUCAUGCUGUCUCUCUCUCAAAAAUAAAUAAACAUCAAAAAAUAAUUUAAAAAGAACUUCCGGUCACAGUCCUCUACCCAGGAAGUAUUUCCCAGUGGGGUGACAAGAGUAGUCUGACUGUGCGUGCAUGCGUGCAGGUUGUAGACUAGUUGUGGACUCGGGGUGGAAGUAGGAGACCUCCCAGCAAGGCAGAGAGGCCCACCCGGCCCUGCUCCUUCCUCUCAUGCCCCGCUGCGCCUGAACAAGAGCCAUCAGCUCCAGGCUGGGGACAGGGUGGAGGGUGAAUCACGUCACGUCGUGAUGGGGAAAGCCCCCCACAGGGGGAUCAGGAGACGUGGUUCCAGUCUGGUCUCUGCCACCCAGGCUGAAUGUGACCCUACCUCCUUUAUCUGUGCAAUGAAAGGGUUGAAUUGAUGCCUCUGUAAAGGCCUUUGUCCUCUCCCAGUGUGUGACCAGCUAGGAACCAGAAAAGCAAACAAGCAAAAAAAAAAAAAUGUGUAAUGUGAUGGGUAAUAAUUUGCGGGAGGCUUUAGAUACACUUACAAAUGAAAGGUUAUCCUGAGGUGUUGACAGCAUAGUUGCUUUCUGAUGCUAUCUGUUCACACUUUUAUCGUCCCCAAAGAAGGCCAAUCCAUGCUUCCCCGGAUCCUUUUAAAAUCCAUUUUCUAUGGGGACCGUUGAGCAAAGACCUUCUGCCCCAUUUUUCUUUCUCCUUACCCUCACUUUUCCGCACCUCUUACGAGUACAGGGGGUCGGCGCGCAUCUUUCUGCAUCCGCCUCUCCAUAGCCGUGACCGAAUGUUCCCUGAGGAGCUUCUCCCAUAAUCCAGCAAGGAAGUCAGACCUCCUGCUUUGCUAGUCCUUCCUGAAGAGGAGAUUGUUUUCAUGGCACGGGGACAGUUGCUUUACUUGAAGUCCUUUUCUAUCAUAGUAGCUUACUUACUCACUCUUUCCAUCUUAAUAAUGAGUAUGUAGAUGGAUUUUUAACCAAGCAGCUUCACGUAUCUCUGAUUUCAUACACUAAAAAAUCGUUAGCCACUCACCCUUCACGCUUAUUACCAGAGUUGGAGCUCCUGAUGCUGGAUGGUGUUUUGCUUAAAUAAAUGCUUUUAUUCUUUA